GCCGCGCUCUAUGCGCCUCUGCGGGCGCUGCGGGCCCUGGCCAUGGCGAUAGACCGGCGGCGUGAGGCGGCGGGUAGCGGUGCCGGGAGGCAGCCGGCCCCGGCGGAGGAGAACGGUUCCCUGCCGCCCGGGGACACGGCGGCCUCGGCGCCCCUCGGGGGGCGCGCGGGCUCCGGCGGCAGCGCGGAGAUCCAGCCGCUGCCUGCGCUGCACCCCAGCGGCGGCCCUCACUCGAGCUGCUGCGCGGCGGCAGCCGCCCCGAGCCUCCUGUUGCUGGACUACGAUGGCUCGGUGCUGCCCUUUCUCGGGGGCCUGGGUGGCAGCUACCAGAAGACCCUGGUGGUGCUCACCUGGAUCCCGGCGCUGUUCAUCGGCUUUAGCCAGUUCUCGGACUCCUUUCUCCUGGACCAGCCCAACUUCUGGUGCCGCGGGGCCGGCAAAGGCAAUGAAUUGGCGGGUGCUACUGUCACCGGCCGGUGGGGUGACAUGGACAACUGGACCAGCCCCCCAGCCACCCCUUUCUCCACUGCCGCCUGGGGAACGACGAGCAACCGAAGCAACAGCAGCGACACGCCACCCCUCCCGUCCCCUCCAGGCAAGGGGAACAACGACUCAAAUUGCGACUGCCAAGCGUGGGACUACGGCAUCCGAACUGGCCUCGUCCAAAACGUGGUCAGCAAGUGGAAUCUUGUGUGUGAUAAUGCCUGGAAAGUCCAUAUCGCUAAGUUCUCCUUACUGGUUGGAUUAAUCUUUGGCUACCUAAUAACUGGAUGCAUUGCUGACUGGGUUGGCCGGCGGCCCGUGCUGCUGUUUUCCAUCAUCUUCAUUCUGAUCUUUGGACUGACUGUGGCACUGUCGGUGAAUGUGACAAUGUUCAGUACACUCAGGUUCUUUGAAGGAUUUUGCCUGGCUGGAGUCAUCCUCACCCUGUAUGCAUUACGAAUAGAGCUAUGCCCUCCAGGAAAACGGUUUGUGAUUACCAUGGUGGCAAGUUUCGUGGCCAUGGCGGGCCAGUUCCUCAUGCCGGGGCUGGCUGCACUGUGCAGAGACUGGCAGGUGUUGCAGGCCCUCAUCAUCUGUCCCUUCCUGCUCAUGCUGCUCUACUGGUCGAUUUUCCCCGAGUCUCUCCGAUGGCUAAUGGCUACCCAGCAGUUUGAGUCAGCAAAGAAGCUGAUCCUGUACCUCACCCAGAAGAACUGUGUGAGCCCUGAGAGUGACAUCAAGGGAGUGAUGCCAGAACUAGAGAAAGAGCUUUCACGGAGGCCCAAGAAGGUGUGCAUCGUGAAGGUGGUGGGGACGCGGAACCUGUGGAAGAACAUCGUGGUUCUAUGUGUGAACUCGCUGACAGGGUUCGGGAUCCACCACUGCUUUGCGAGAAGCAUGAUGGGCCAUGAGGUGAAGGUGCCACUCCUAGAGAACUUCUACGCUGACUACUACACCAUGGCCAGCAUCGCACUGGCCUCCUGCCUGGCCAUGUGUGUGGUAGUCAGGUUCCUCGGGCGCAGGGGAGGGCUGCUGCUCUUUAUGAUCCUCACUGCCCUGGCCUCACUUCUGCAGCUCGGGCUCCUCAACUUGAUCGGCAAAUACAGCCAGCAUCCAGACUCAGAGUUGCAGCUGAAGUUGGCCGUAGGGAUGAGUGACAGCGUCAAAGACAAGUUCUCCAUCGCAUUUUCCAUCGUGGGCAUGUUUGCAUCCCAUGCCGUGGGGAGCCUCAGCGUGUUCUUCUGUGCAGAGAUCACCCCCACAGUGAUAAGGUGUGGUGGGCUGGGGCUGGUGCUGGCCAGUGCAGGCUUCGGCAUGCUGACAGCGCCCAUCAUUGAGCUGCACAACCAGAAAGGCUACUUUCUGCACCACAUCAUCUUCGCCUGCUGCACGCUCAUCUGCAUCAUUUGCAUCCUCCUGCUGCCUGAGAGCAGGGACCAGAACCUGCCCGAGAACAUCGCCAACGGGGAACACUACACACGGCAGCCAUUGCUGCCCCACAAGAAGGGAGAGCAGCCGUUGCUGCUCACCAACGCCGAGCUCAAGGACUACUCAGGCUUGCACGAUGUGGCUGCAGUGGGUGAUGGGAUGUCAGAAGGGGCCACUGCCAAUGGCAUGAAGUCCAUGUAGCUUGCUGGGCCACACCACCAUUCCACCAGUCCCCUGGGGCUUGAAAGGCUGGGGAAAGUUCACACAUAGGUUUACAGACCAGAGAGAAGACACGUGGCUGGGGGUGGAGUCCAAUUCUGCUGCCGACUCCACUCAAUCGUGAGACUUUCAACUGGUGUGAGGAAUUCUGUCUUUCCAGACAUCUGAGGAAAUAACCCUUUGAAGACUUUCUUUUCUGCCAUUAAAUGUUUAUAUUUAUUUUGGUCAUUUUUACAAGAAGCACUUUAUUCCCUUCCUGCUCACUGAUCAUGACGCAGAACCUCCUUCAGGAGUGAGGCAGGGUCACUCUGAGGAAGUCCCUGUAAGUGACCAAUGCAGUGGCUGGUCCCCUCCCUGGAGACCAGACUUCAAUUUCCUUCUCUACUCAAGGAGAUAGAGGUCAUUUGUAGGCCAGGACCCCUACCUCCAGGCUUGAUGCCAUGGACACUGUGCCUCUCAAGUGGAGCAUCCUUGGGACUACAUUUUAGACAGAGGAAUAUGCACAUGAACUGUUUUUUUUCCCCCCUUAGAGUCUGUGUAUUUUAAAGUUGGGUUCUUUCCUUUCUGUUUGUUGGGUAGUUUCCAUCCUCUGUGUUGGGAAAGCAGCCCUCAAGUGUCAUAAGAGCCAGCUUAAUCUUUCUUUCCUUCAGGAUCAUCCUUUUGUACUUGAUCUGGAAGUUUCUGUGGGGAAACUUCCAUACUUCACCAGAAAUCCUACAUGAUGAGACACCACCAGUUUCCUGACGCCGGGUUGGCUUAGUUAAAACCACAGGAGCUGUCGUGUUGAGAUCGGAGCCAUGUUUGUUUCUGCUAAGACGCUUUCCCAGCCUGAGCUCCAGCAGCAAAGGUCCCUCUUCCCCAGUCAGCUCUGUUGCCGGCACUACUUGAAAAUGUGGCCACUCUCAGAACUCUAAACAUCAGGAAAAUAACUGACAAAGACAAGUAGGGCAAAUCCCAGAAGGGAGCCUCGCUCUCCCACACAUGCCCGCCCGCCGCCCACAUCUCCAGCACACACCAUAGAGAGAUCCAGCUUGGAUGGCUGUCACUCUGACAUCACAACAGUGCCCACAACAUCUGGAGGCGGUCCACCUCAUGUCUUCCUCAACGGCUUCCUUCCUGUCACUCAUUCAGCACAAAAAGGCCCUGGGCAGGAGUGCAGGUUGCUCGUAGGUGAGUCUGAGUGGCCUCGAGUACCAUGAAAGCAACAAGAAGUGAGAGAAAGCAAUAACUCACCAAAGCUCAACUCCCAUCCUGUGCCAGCCUCCCAGGAUGCCCCUUAUUGUAUCCCUCAUCUUGCUCCAGACAGCAAGGCACCAGAGCUUCUAAGAAACCAGGCUCUGGGUCUCUUGCAGCAGCUCAGGCACCAGCUUCUUUGGGCAUCGUGGCUUCUUAUCAACCAUCUGCCUUGCCUCUUGCCAUGCGUCUCUACCACACGUUCUUCCAGGGAAAUCACGGUCUCAGGCCUACGUAGGCAACUAAGUGACUUCCAAGUGACAGUCGCUAGAAUUCAAAGGCCAGAAAAGGGUUGAGUUUAUCCCCUUCCAACUCCUUGUCUGGUCUGUUUUUUACAGUCUCACCUGCUUCUCUUCCACAUCCGAUAGACGUAUCAGCAGAACCCAGCUGCCUCGAUCAAAACCUCAUGAGGGUAGCGAUGCAAUAUGCAGCCAUGUUUCCAGCAGCUGGCCUGUGUUCUCUUCGAUGUUUGAGGACCAAUGUCUCUAAGAGAGAGGCUGUGUGGCCAGUCCCUGACACCUGCUC